AUGGAUGAGCAACUAUCAUCUCUAAUUAAAUUUCGCGUAAAUGAAGAGCUAAAAAACAGUAGUAAUAUUAGUGAUAGAUUAUUUUAUAAAGUUUGGAAUAAUAUAUUUUUAAGAAAAGAAAUUCAUGAACAUAUUUUAAAGUUUAUUGAACAUCGUGUUGUAGAUUUUGAUAGAUCCCGUUAUGACCAGUUUAAAUAUAAAUCAUAUAUAACAACACUUAAGUGGGGUGGUGAUCCACUACCAGAUAAAAAUGAAUUUCCACCAUUUUUAACAAAUUUAUAUUUGUACAAUUUUUCUAAAAUGUUACCUCCAACAACUUUACCAAAUACAAUUACUACACUCGCAUUCGAUGAUGAUUAUAACCAAGUAGUUCUACCCGGCACAUUACCAAAUAGUCUCACAACACUCACAUUCGGUGAUGGUUUUGACCAAGUAGUUCUACCCGGCACAUUACCAAAUACUCUCACAACACUCACAUUCGGUCAUCGUUUUAACCAAGUAGUUACACCUGGCACAUUACCAAAUAGUCUCACAACACUCACAUUCGGUGAUUAUUUUAACCAAGUAGUUACACCCGGCACAUUACCAAAUAGUCUCACAACACUCACAUUCGGUUAUCGUUUUGACCAAGUAGUUCUACCCGGAAUAUUACCAAAUGGUCUCACAACACUCACAUUCGGUAAUUAUUUUGACCAAGUAGUUACACCCGGCACAUUACCAAAUAGUCUCACAACAAUCACAUUCGGUGAUAGUUUUAACCAAGUAGUUACACCCGGCACAUUACCAAAUACUCUCACAACACUCACAUUCGGUGAUUAUUUUGAACAAGUAGUUACACCCGGCACAUUACCAAAUAGUCUCACAACGCUCACAUUCGUUACACCCAGCACAUUACCAAAUGGUCUCACAACACUCACAUUCGGUCAUGAUUUUAACCAAGUAGUUGCACCCAGCACAUUACCAAAUAAUCUCUCAGCACUCACAUUCGGUGAUGGUUUUAACCAAGUAGUUACACCCGGCACAUUGCCAAAUAGUCUCACAACACUCACAUUCGGUGAUGGUUUUAACCAAGUAGUUGCACCCAGCACAUUAACAAAUACUCUCACAACACUCACAUUCAGUUAUAGUUUUAACCAAGUAAUUCCACCCGGCACAUUACCAAAUAGUCUCACAACACUCACAUUCGGUCAUGAUUUUAACCAAGUAAUUCCACCCGGCACAUUACCAAAUACUCUCACAACACUCAAAUUCGGUUUUUAUUUUAACCAAGUAGUCCCACCAGGAACAUUACCAAAUAGUCUCACAACACUCACAUUCGGUUAUUGUUUUAACCAAGUAGUUCCACCUGGCACAUUACCAAAUAGUCUUACAACACUCAAAUUCAAAACUAGUUUUAACCAAAUUCUACCCGGCACAUUACCAAAUAAUCUCACAACACUCACAUUCGGUGAUAAUUUUAACCAAGCAGUUCCACCCGGCACAUUACCAAAUAAUCUUACAACACUCACAUUCGGUGGUGAAUUUAACCAAGUAAUUCAACCCAGCACAUUGCCAAAUAGUCUCACAACACUCACAUUCAGUUAUAGUUUUAACCAAGUAAUUCCACCCGGCACAUUACCAAAUAGUCUCACAACACUCACAUUCGGUCAUGAUUUUAAUCAAGUAAUUCCACCCGGCACAUUACCAAAUAGUCUCACAACACUCACAUUCGGUUAUUGUUUUAACCAAGUAGUUCCACCUGGCACAUUACCAAAUAGUCUCACAACACUCACAUUCGGUUAUUGUUUUAACCAAGUAGUUCCACCUGGCACAUUACCAAAUAGUCUCACAACACUCACAUUCGGGCCUGGUUAUGUUAAUAAGGAAAAAUCUAUUCAACCAGAGAAUAUUUAG